AAAAACAUACUGGUAGCACUUUGUGAACAAAACCUAAAGCUAUUCUCUUGCCUCUACUUGUGAACGGCGGAGCGUCGAAUCAGAAAUGCUCAGCAUCAUAUUCCUCAUUGUUACCACCGGGAUAGUUUUAGAUAGUGCAUAUGGGGCCAAUCCUAGUAUGGAACGGUCUAUCACGAACGACUACUGGUGCUAUCGAGCGAAGUAUUGCCGCGGCACGCACGAAACCGCGUGCGCGAGAGACGCGCGCCUGAAGCUCACCAAGUGGUUCCCCGACGAGUGCGCAGUCUUCAACUAUAACUGCAAAUCAAAAACGGAUUACACAGUAACUAGUAAAAAGCAGUGUAAUAUGCCCACGACAACGAUGACCACGAGUACAACAACAACACGCAGAACGACACGCACAACAAAAAUAAUCAAACUUCCUAUCUUCAAGUUUUAACAAAAACAUGUGGAGACCUUAGCUCCCAUCUCUAUAUAAGAUGGAUAUGGAUGUAUUAAAGAAUUUUACAUUUAACUG